CCAACCCAACCCAACAGGCAAAUCGCCCCCCGCUUACUAGGCACUUUUUCCAUUCGAAUCACUUUCCUUGUCCGCUAAAUUUGCGGAGAGUAAUAUAUCCGCGACAUCUCUGCAUUCCUUCGGCGAGAGCGAACGAAGCUCGCAGGUCAAAGGAAGAGGAUCAACAGUGCGACUGAUCUGCGUCGAACAACGAGGAACGAGGUUCGAUUGAUUCCUCUGCUUGAUCGACACUCAGGUAGAGUUGAUGAUGGGAGAAGAACUUUCUGAUGGAUGUGGAAAGUCACGUCCUGUUUUUGGGGACAUAACAAAUCAGCUGGGCAAAAGGAGUUUAUCUUCUGUUUUGGGAAGUUCUGGUAAAAGAGGUGCCAUUACAGAAGGGGUGAAUUUAGCAUCUAAGCAUGUAUUUGGAGAUGAUGGACAAAGUGUAAAGAGAGCUUGUCUGUCACCUCAAAGAUCUGGUGAAAACAAUCCUUUGACAAAAAAAUCCAUUUUUGAUAGUUCAAAGAGCCUCACUGAAAACAACAAUCAUGAUACUUCUCAUCUUGGUAAAUAUGAUACAACUACCAAGAAUAGUAUUGAGAGCUUAAGUAAAGGCUAUGUAGCUGUCACCUCGGGGACAAGUGUGUUGGGUUUAGAGUGUCAUGCUCUUGAUAAAGCUUGUGAAGACAUAGCAGUCAGUUCAGAAAGAACUGAAAGUGAAACUAACGAGUGCCAGAACGAAGCUGAUGAGCAUGGGGCUGAAAAUCUGGUAAUCAGUCAGUCGGGCUCAAUUGACCAUUCAAGAUUUCCAGACUCACAGGAGUCAAGAGUUGAGCCUGAUAAAUGCACUAGACUACAAGAGGGUGAUGGUUACUCUGAUCCAGUUACUGGCAUUGAGUCAAUAAAGUCUUGCUCUUGCACUUUUUGCACCAAAGCUGCUUAUAUUUGGUUAGACCUCCACUACCAAGACACAAAAGGCCGAAUAGCUGCAUUAAAGAAGAGUCAGAAAGAAGCAAGCAUUUUAGCUGAAAGAAGUUCCAAAGCCAAUGCACCUCAGAGACAUGGUUCAACACACAAAACUGAUUCGCCUAACCUGGAAUCAAGUUUAUGGAAUCAGUGGAGGUCUCUUUUCUUGCACAUGGAGAACAUAUUCGAGUGCGAAAGCAAUCAACUUGAAUCUAGUUUGCUCUCUCUAACUGAUCUCAAGGACAGAUGCAAGGCAGAAAUGGAGCUAAUUAACAAGACACCGCGGGAGACAUGAUAUCUGCUCCAUCUCAGUGUCUUUCCAUUUAUUGCUCACUCAAAUUCUGGGAUCAGCUUUGUGUUAAUCUUGUCUGUAAAGCAGGUGAAGAUCUACUUGUACUCCUAGUUCGAUUAUUUCAAACCCAUAUAAAGAUUGAGUGAUCUGUAGAGAUGUUUCUUCUAUUCUUCUUCUCUUUCUGCAACUGCUAGGAUAUUUCUUGACAAUUUAUGCUCGUAAACCUAGCCCAACUAUUUGUACUGCUGUGUAAGUCUUUGUUCAAAUAUGAUGCUUUGCGGUUUAAUUAUGUACUCCAUAUUUGUUUGUUGGGAUACAAUCCUAUUGAUGGGUCUAUUGGCAUCGGUCACUUGUGCUUGUAUUU